AUGAGAAGACUAUUACUAAUUUUCGCCUCCGUGUGGCUGGGCUUCGCUCAGAUGAAUCGGACCGCCUCCAACGACUGGGCCUCCACCGCAUCGACCAUCUCCGGUAACUCGACCACAUCCAACUACUCCUCGUUUCCCAGUAAUCCAGCCAACUCGUACGACUCGAACUCCUCCUCCU